AUGUCGAACCUCGCAUCAAGGGCCGUCAUGCGACAGCAUACGUCGCUAGCCCUCAAUUUCUCACCCCUCAGACGGCCACUUCAGCGAGGCCCCGCUCGAUCGUCCGUCCGCCACAAGAGCUCCCGCCCAGUCCCACCACCGCGCUCUCGUGGUGGCAAGAGGAUAAUUGGCCUUGUCGCGGUUGCCGGGCUGGCUGUUGCCAGCGCAGCGUGGGCCUAUCCGCUCUUCUUUGGCGAAAACGCCGUCGCUGGGAUCCCGCAGGCCGAGAUCGAGUUCGAGAAGAAGCGCAAUGCCCCGAGGAACAAGGAGGAGAACCGGGACCUGAUCUCCUCGCAGCACAUCCAGGUGCGCAAGAGCUGGGAGAACCCGGGCGUCUACGCGUGGGGGUCCAACGUCGGCAAGGUUGUCGCCCCCGAGUCCAAGGAGACUGUCGUCAAGACGCCGAGGCGGAUACCCUUCUUUGACGGCCAGCUGCUCCGGGACCUGAAGCUUGACCAGGAUUUUGGUGCGGCCGUGACGGAGAAGGGCGAUCUGGUGCAGUGGGGAACCGGCUAUUUCGCGGAGGAUCCCAGGCCAACUGUCACUCUCAAGGGAAAGGAUAUUGCCAAGCUAGCCAUCUCAAGGGAUCGCAUUUUAGCACUGUCUUCUGGCGGGUCUGUCUACUCGAUCCCCGUGGCCAGAUCAGACCAAGCAUCGGGGAGCAACGCGGGUGAGAGUUCUUCGUGGCUAUCGUUCUGGUCAAUUCCCACAACGGCCAUCAACUACCGAGAAAUCAAGCCCAAAGGCUUGGGCUGGGGUGAGAAAAUCGUGGAUAUCAGCAGCGGUCGGGAGCACGCACUGCUCCUGACCUCAAGUGGGCGCGUUUUCUCCGCCGCAUCUAGCUCGGAGAGCUUCCCGUCGCGCGGGCAGCUCGGCAUCCCGGGCCUCACGUGGGCGUCGAGACCACAGGGCCCUUAUGACCAGCCGCACGAACUCGGCACGCUCAAAGGUUUCAAAGCUAAGAAGAUCGCGACCGGAGAUCAUCACUCAUUGGUACUCGAUGAUGAGGGCAGGGUAUUCGCCUUUGGCGACAAUGCUGUGGGACAGCUUGGCUUCCCUCCAGAGGCCGAGGUCCCUGUAAUUGACAGCCCGUCUUUACUGCCAUUCAAUAAGCUCUACAAGGCGACCGGGCUCCUGCCCAAGGUCACUUCUAUCGCAGCUGGCGGCGCCAACUCGUACUUCACCGUGGACGCCACCAAGGUCGCGCCUCAGACAUCCCCGUCCGACAGCGUCGCACCGGCGCGUGACCUGGGCAAGGUGGUCGCCGACGCAUGGGCAGCAGGCGAGGGCAUCAAGGGCAGUCUCGGGACCGGGGCGUGGACGCAUGUAUCAAACGGGCCCAGUAAGAUCAAGGCCCUUUCGGGCUUGUUCGAGUGGGACGAAAAGGCGAACCAGGUCGUCCCCAUCCGACUCGCGCGCCUCUCUGUCGGGAGCACACAUACGGCAGCGGUGAUGGAUAAUGUGACGUACGUGGACGCGACGGGCAAGUCGGGCGAGAACGACACGAACUGGGGCGCGGACAUCGUGUGGUGGGGCGGCAACGAGUUCUACCAGCUCGGCAACGGCAAGAGGAGCAACUCGAACGCGCCGAUAUACAUCGGCCCGCUGGACGGUGGAGCGGGGGAUGCCAAGGCCGGGAGGAAAGGGGAGGAGCACCGAUUCCAGAUCACGCCGAGGCAGACGGCGCGGCUGGGUAAGGAUGGUAAGGGUAGGAAGGUGAGCAUGGAGCAGAGGGCGGAGUGUGGGCGGUAUGUCACGGCUGUGUACUCCGGGACAUGA